AUUUUGAAUGUCACCUUUUCCGAUCUUGCAAGCUGCUUUGUGGAAUCUUUUUGUUGGUUGUUGUUCUGUACUAGGGAGCAUCAUCAAGCUGAUCGCUCUUCCUACAAUACGGUACCGACAUCGGCAGACCUCAAACAAGAGCAACUUCUGGACGAUCCUACGCAGAGAGUCGGAGAGGAAAGAGAUUGCUUCUUCGGAUACUCUAGCUGGCUAGUAGUUUGUGUCAUUUCUCUGCUGAAUCUACCUUUAUUACCCGUACCUCCGCAUACCCACCACAGUCCAUUGAUUGAUUGAUUGAUCCAUAAUAAUAUAACUCAAGAUGCAAAAAGGCGACGACCCGUACGAGAUUCUAGGGGUUUCGGAAGAAGCGGAAAAGUCCGAGAUUCGCAAAGCAUACCGCAAGUUGGCCGUGCAACAUCACCCCGACAAGCAGAGUACCGAGGAAGGACGCGAGAAGGCACAUCACAUUUUUGCCCGCAUUGCUUGUGCGUACGAAUUGUUGAGCGACGACGAAAAGCGCAAGGAAUACGACGAACAACAAGCCGAAGCAGAAGCCGAGCACGAAGGCGAUGACGACGAUGAUGACGAAUGGGAGAAACCCGGAUUUGAUGGCAAUGCCACGUACGAUUAUCCCUUUGAUCCCUCUCGGAAUGCCGGAUCGACCGCGUUGGUGGUCGCCACGGAAAAGACGGGCAAAUCCUGGUUUGGAAAGAAAAACAAGAAAAAGAAAAAGAAACCCAUGCACUUUUCCGAUCCCUAUGAAGUCUUCAAACGAGCCUUCAAGGAUGAAUUCGGGUACGAGUAUCCCGGUGCCAAGUGGGAUAAUAUCGAACUCACCGGCAAGGAUAUUCAUCAUCGUGGAAAGAACGCUCCGCUGGCAUUGGAAAAUGGAGGAGUGGGCGAUAAUGCGCCACCCGAAGAAAAGGAAAAGAAGAAAAAGGGGGGGAUUCUCACUCUGUUCAAACGAAAAAAGGAAGAUCAACAAUUGACAGUCCACAAGGGUGACAAGGGCGGUGGUGGAGGUGGUGGUGAUGGAGCCGUUGCCAACAACAAGCCACCUCCUGGAAACAAUCGUCCCUCGUCCAUGGAAACCAAAACACACAAAAUUGAACACGACGAUGGCACCGUCGAAACCAUUACCGAAACCAUCAUUACACGACCCGAUGGAUCACAGGAAAAAAUGAGACAAACCGACAUGCCCGAAAAGGGAACACACAAUUGGACCAAGCCAAACGAAAAUGCUGGUGGCGGAAAGAAGGACCAAAAGAUGCUCACCAGUGGAAAGGAAGGACAGAAAUUAUUAACCAAUGGCGGUGGUGACGACAAGAAGAAAGCGGCCAAAAAGAAGGAACCCAAGAAGAAAAUCACCAAUGGCGAAAAGAAAAAGGCCAUUACCAAUGGAUAGAAACGCUGGUUCUUGUAUUAGCUUGUGGAUGGAAGGAUGGAUGUGGUGAUGCUUCGUAGCUACACAAGGAGGAGGAGAGAAUUGGAACCUUGCGGGAGAUGUGUGAAAAUUGCAGGCUAGCAUACGACAGGCGGAACACUCUUUCGUGCAAGGCUUACGUGUUUGGUACCAUACGUGGAUUGUUUUAUUGUGGAAACCAUGGAGUGACAACAGGAGUUUACUUUGCUUUACAUAGAUGACAUACAUGGAUCCAAGGAAGGAAGCAAGCAAUAAAUGAGACGAACGAAACGAACAUGGUUGGCAGUCAAGUCAAGGAACUACAGCUUCGUUGAUUGAUUGGAUGAAUGGGUGAAUGCUGCGGUCGAAUUGAUGGAUGAAUGGAGUGCUUAUUAGCUAGCUAGAGAAAACCCGUUUUCGUUUGCUUUCAACUAAUUUUUAAGAAAGAUCAAAGGCAU